CGGAUGUGCAGACCAGUACUGCUUACCUAGCACUUUCCGGUCGACCUCGGUGUCACGCGAGGAUACCUUAAGCGCCUGCCUGCCUGCUUGGAAGUGGCGGAGAAGAGGCAAGUGAGCUGGAAAGUCCGGGGAGGAGGUAUAGCAGCGUCAUGUCCAGGCCUUCAAGAAAAAGAGGAGCAGCAUACAGUAUGUCCUGUACUGGCGGGCUUUGGUCACGAAAGGGAUUGGAAUGCUCCUCUCUUCUCCCAUAGAGCCAGAGCAUAUAUAAAGUAGCUUACGAACCCUCCUCCACAGAGUAAGUAAUAAGUCGUAGUAAGGUCCCGAAGCACAUGAGUGCGAAUUACAGAUAUGUACUCGUACCUCCCGCGCUGAUCUCUGUACCAUGACUUACCUGUAGGUGUAUGCCAUAGAUACUAAGUUAUGCUGACCUCGACCCUGACUGUUCUUGCUUGCCUAGAAAUUGCUUAAAGGGGGUGGUAUAUAUAGCAUGGUAGGGUCGGCCUCCUUUUCUAUACAAGUUUGAUAAUCGUAUGGGAGGAGUUUUGAGUUUGCUUGGGUGGAUGGAUGGGCGGUGGGCUUAGGGAGGGUGUAAGGGCUCGGCUGUGAUGUGAGAUACCUAUGUUUAUAGACUUGAAUAUGGAGGGACUUUUAUUUGUGUAUGGUUUGUUUGGCGGAACCUGAUGAUCUCGUGGCUGUCAAUGGUAUGAGAGUUCGUUGAUAGGUUGAUUGUCCUGUGAUGUACCAUUACUUCUUUCUCAAGUUGGUAUCAAGUGUCCUAUAUAAGGUACGUUGUUACAAAGCUCGGGUAACUUUGAAGCAUCGGCCUCGGCUCGGAUACCUAGCGAACCCCUUUCACUGCUUCUCUGUAAGCGAACGACCGCAAAUGUCGUUCUGGCGUCAAUUUAAAAUGUUGUACCCUCCGCAUUGCCAAGUGAGUUUAACAAUCUACUACAUCAGGCCAAUGCGAUACGUAUGUGGCAAGCUCUGUAUGCGGUAUUGUCUCUUUGAUUGGUCGUUUGAGUACCCGAUUUUGGCAAUGUCAUCUUCGGAGUUUACCAGACGGCUGGGGAGGGAACGCAACAGGGCUGAUUAAGCAGCAGCUGAACCUUGUUGUGGUGUGAUUACUGAUCCCGCAUUUUAGUGUUGAUGUUCAUCGCCGCUUUUUGGGACUUUCAAAGCUCGUGAUAAUAGGACAUUUGGUUCUGGGGUUGUAUUAUACAAUUUAUUGGAACUGCAGUAUGACGAGUAAAAAAGACUGGAACGAAUGGCAAGUUACGGAUAAGAAAGUUAGAUAAAUGUCAAGUCUUCAAUAUUCAGAUUCCCGCGCUUGAGCUUAACCUCGAUUCUCGAAGCCCGUUAGUACCAGCCUGCAAGGAGAUACUGGCACCUGCAUGGCAGGGCUGUACGCACAGUAAGAGCAAGCGCUUACCAAUCUCCAACUGCCUUGCGUGCGCAAGAAACCAUCACAAGGGCCUAAUCCUCAAAAGUAUGACGAUUCACGCCUUGCGGGAUCUCAAAGAAUGCGGCUAAGUCCUCACUGAAUCUCACCACCUAAGCACCCCAGCACUCCCGGCCGCGGAGAGUUCUUCUGAUAUAAGGCCAAGAGUCCAAGGACCUGAUUUCUAACCUCUGAAAGAAAGUUAUGGAGCACUCUUUCAACUUUCCUCAGGAUGAUUAUGCUCUAGCUGUCCUCACACACGCUGCUGCUACCCAUACACAUGGUUCCGAGGUUACGUCUACUCCAAGCAGCACUAGUAUUUUGAGUUCGACAAGUCAAGCCAAGACCCUGAGACCUGACAGGAGAGUGGUGUCUACUACGCCCACACCAUUCAAUAUCCAGUCUAGUCUCUCGACGACCGUGAUUACUCAACGAGAUAUUAAUCAACCGAACGCCCACCUGUCGCAUUCAAGACCUGUAGAUAUCUUGAACGGGUACGGGCAUCAAGCCCCCGAUCAUCACACCAAUACCGACAUGGAGACUCUUACAUACAACCCCACGCAGCAAUCACAUUCCUACAUGAAUGGGAUGUAUAGUAACCACGGACGUCUCGGCGGGGGCGUUCCCACAUCACAGAGCCACAUGUCGUCGUCGUCGUCGAAUUUCACCGGGACGAUUGGGAAUCUGGGGAUUCUGAAUGCGGAGAGCUAUGAUGAUGGGAGGUUGGCGAGGAGUCUUAGGGAGAGGCCGAAGGAAAGGAGUGAUCAGGUGAUGCCGUUUGGAGUGACGGAGGCUAGUGGGGAGAGCCAAGAGGAGGAGGGGGAGAAGGUUGGGAGGAGAUCGAGUAGGAAGAAGAGGACUGCGACUGGGCAGGCGAGUUCGAAGGAGUUUGAUGAAGAGGAGGAGGCGAGGAAAAAAGCUAGGGGAAGGCCUAGGGUUGAUACGAAGGAUGAGACUGCUGCUGAUAGGAGAAGGACCCAGAUUCGGAUGGCCCAAAGGGCGUACCGGCACCGGAAGGAGACAACCAUUACCUCUCUAGAGAAACAGGUCCAGGAUCUUAGAGGGACGAAUGAGGAAAUGAGCAAUAUAUUUAUUAGUCUAUACGACUUCGCAGUCGGCAAGGGUCUCUUACAGCGAGAGCCAGAGUUCGGACAGCAACUUCAGUCAACAACGGAAAGGUUCCUGGCAUUGGCAAAAGCUACAGUGCAUGAAGACAGCCAUGAAGAGAUUCACGAGGAUGACGUGAAACAAGCUAAUGUAGCAUCUGAAAGACGGACUAAGGGUUCCAAAUCAUCACCUAAAAAGCGAAGCGCCGAGGAACCACCUAUGGAGGAUCCGGUCAAUCCAUGGGGUGGAUAUACCAUGUAUAAAGACGACACGCCGCCGGACGAUGAUCUUGCCAUGACUUUCCCUCAGCAUAACUAUGAGAACAGAGGUCGCCAUGCAGACCUUGAAAUUAUUACACGGCCGACAGAAGAUAAUGCAUCCUUCCCAUUCGACCUCAUGGACCUGCAACAAUACCGAGUUGAAGUGCCAUCAAUAGAAGACUUCUCAAUGAAUUUCAUGCCUGAGCUGCAACCUUCACUUCCCAGAACGCACGCCUACAAUGAAUUCACCUUCGCGCGGCGCAUCCAAAGGGGUGCUAUCGAAAGAGCAUUCAGACUCAUAACAUCCAAGACCGUCUCUCCAGAAGUCUUUGAUCGCGCCUUUGGGCUGACUUUAAUGUACGAAACUCGAGAGAAUCUGGAAGCACGACUCCGCCGCGCAAUAACAAAGACCAACAAAGACGCCUUGAGCCAAUGGAAGAAUCCUUUCGUACACAUCGGCGGCUCAGGGACGUUCUAUCCAGACUCCGAUCCAUCAAACGAUGAUUUGCGGCCUAAACUCCGCACUGGAUUCUCCAUUGGUCCAUUUUCCCCAGCUGCCACUGACGCCCGGGAUCUGUUUCGCGAAGAUAUGCGUUGCAACCUCCCUGGCUACGAAGGCCAAUUCUUCGACUCCAAUGAUGUGGAAGGGUAUUUGAGAGGUCGGGGUCUCGACAUCCCUCCUUCCGCAGAUUUCAUCACAGCCGAAGUUGAUAUCUCUGUUUUGACAGAAGCAGGUUCUCCAAAGAGCAGCAGUAGCCUCGAUACGUCGCCUCCAAAGACUCCAGAAAGUCCGCUGGGACAGAGAUCUGCCGAUCCUUCCUUUGUUCCAUACACGUUUGAUUUCACGAAUCCGGAGCCGAAAGACUUCCCUUUCCCGCCAUUGAAGUUUGGGGAGUGGGAGACUCAGGAGGAUGGGGCCGAUGCGAACAUAGACCCAAUUUUCAGCACGCUUCCGAAUGCCAAUUUUGGUGAGAACCUGAGACGACAGAGUCCUGAAUCUGUGGACGGCGAGGUGCCUUUCACAGAGAAGAGACUUGUCACGGUCAAUGUUCAGACGCUGAUCAAUGAAAUCUUGGAAAAGGGCGUCUGCCUAGGUCGUGCCCCUGGGUUCAGACCAAGCGACGUAAAUGCCGCCAUUGUCGCGGCUGUGAAGGCUGGCUUCGAUUAAGCGAGUACAGCUCAACAACGUCCUUUAUCGUCGCAAGAGGCGCGUGGACAUAGGUUUUUCUAUUGGUAGAGUUUUUGUAAGGCUAAUGAGAUGUGCGGUGUUACUUUUUUGAUGACGUCGCAUUGCCUGGCGCUCUAUGAGAUUUGGUGGGAUUAAGUUUUAGGUGGUGCAUUUGAUGGAGGUAGUCUGGUCCCCUUAGACUAUUUCUCGUAGGUUAACGCACACUCUCAAAAAUGAUGUCUAUUUUUCCUUGA